UUCCCCAGCGAAGAUGUUCAAAGUUGUGUUCCUUGUGUGCGGAGUAUUUGCUGUCCUGAUCCAGGCUCGCCCCAGCUACUUGCCCAGCUAUGAGCACGUGGAAUAUGCUCCCAGUGUCGUGGGAUACGAGAGUUAUGCCCUUCCUGCCGCCGUCUCACACCAGAGUUCCACGGUGGUGCACGAGAAGCGUCCCUACUGGCGCCCCAUUGUGGAUCACACGCCCAUCCUGAAGACAGCCUAUGCUCCAGCUACUUCGAUCUCGUAUGCCCCACUUGGAUACGCGGGCAGCAGUGCGGGAUGGUACGAGCCGGGAAUCUGGGGAGGAGCCAGUUACCCCAGUAUUUAUCUGAAGUAGAAUAACGAACAAAGGAACCAUUCUCCUC